AUGCUGACCUCAGGAGAUACCCCAGAGACCGCCGGGUGGCCCCGCCGGGUGGCCCUGCCGCCCAGAGCGAUCCCUCCGAUGCCCACUACGACCUCAGCAUUACGGUAUCGGGCCGACGCGGUCUUGUCUCACACCCCCCCAGUCAUCGCCUCGCAUCAUCUCACUCAGCCCCCACGCGUAUCGCACGACGACCUCGAGCCUGCUACACCCGCAAAGACCUCGCCAAGCUCUCGCCAUACGCCUCGCAAGCAUCGACCGCACGGACUGCACCACGAGCAGCUCCGCGACGCGAUAUCGCAGAGAGCUUUAUCGCAGCUCAACCUCACACGGAGAUCUCGCUCAUAUCGCAUCGCAUCGACAUCGCACUCGCUCGAUUUAGCACUCGUCGCCUUCAUCGCCGCUAUCCACAGGGCCCUCGUCGCUGCCCUUGAAGUUGCCUCGGUCACUCGCGCCUUGGCCCACGCUAUCUCGAUAUCUCGUAGUACGUAUAUCGCGCCCCGUCUCGCAACUUACAAGAGUCCCUCGAUAUUUGUAGUAAAAAGCCAUCGCAAGCGCAUCAACGUCCUCACUCUGCCCCAUCCGGACGACCCCAAACGAACCAUGGGCAACGCGCUAUGUUACCUAACGGACGACGGGGAAACGGAAGUGUCAGUCAUUCUGCUCGAAUCGGAGCAGUGCUCGGAGAAUUAG